CAUAAACGUGGAACAGGAGGAGCCACGUGACUGAGAAAGCAACCAAUCAGCUGUUUAACUUUGUCGUGCCGCCAAGCUCGUCUCUAUUCCGUACUGUGCACGCGGAAGCUAGAAAUUCGUGCGAUACUUCUACAAACAGACGAACGUUCUUUUAAAAUGGUUGACUUAAUACAAUAAAGAAACGGCUGAUUUUUACUUUUUCGUGUUGUUCGAGACGUUCUUUCAUCUGUAUAUUGUUGAAUUCUGAUAUCAAAUGGUUCUAUAUCAUAGUCGCCAUUUUGGUGAUAGACCGAGCCAAGAUUAGCGAGUGUACCUAUGAUCUUUUUAUUUUCACUCGGCAUUCGGUCGAUCGUAGUGAUCGUCGGUGACGCCGGGACGGAAUUCUAACCUCGAGGAUGACGCAACAAAACAAAACGAUGAACUUUCUCAUACAUGACGCGAACGGUCAUCCACAAGUGAUAAAGGUUGUACAGAGUACAGCCAAUAAAGCAUUGGGUGGUAUUGUCAGUACAACAAAUGCAGGUGGCCUUAAGGUCUUUAAGACUCCGAGCCAAGAAUCUCAGGUUUUGUCAUCGAACGCACAAGUUCUUAGAACUAUUAGUUUGCAAAGUCCUUCAACUCCUGGUCAAAGAUUGGUUACAAUACCAUUGCAGAAUACAAAAUUGGCAACAACUAAGGCUGGUGAACCUGUACUGACCAAAACUAUACAGUUGACAUCUGCGCAAAUGAGUGAUAUAAAACAGGCAAUAGUGUCUCAACAGCAACAGCAGCAACAAUCUGGUAAUCAACAACUUGUGAAAGAUGCAAGUGGAAAAACAUAUAUCAGUCCGAUAUUGGAUCACAGUGGUUCUAGGAAAAGACAAGAUGUCGAGGGUGGCGACUUUGUACCAGAUAAACGGAGAAAAACAGAAAAAGUAGGAAAAGGAUUACGUCAUUUUUCGAUGAAGGUUUGUGAAAAAGUUAAGAAGAAGGGAACGACGUCCUACAAUGAGGUUGCAGACGAGCUUGUUGGAGAGUUUACUAAUCCUGCUCAUAUAAACUCCUUAACAGAUCAGCAAUAUGAUCAAAAAAACAUUAGAAGACGUGUUUAUGACGCUUUGAACGUCUUAAUGGCAAUGAAUAUUAUUUCGAAAGAAAAGAAGGAAAUCAGGUGGCUAGGUUUACCAACUAAUUCUUUGCAAGAGUGUAUGGCACUUGAGAAAGAUAAAAAGAAAAAGAUCGAGAGGAUCAAAGCGAAAACGCAACAAUUACACCAAUUAAUUCUCUCGCAUAUCUCUUUCAAAAACCUGGUGGAACGUAAUCGUGCCAAUGAAAGUCUGCGCGGCCCACCAAAACCAAAUUCUGCCAUACAGCUGCCAUUCCUGAUUGUGAAUACUAGCAAAAAGACUGUCAUAGAUUGCAGCAUUUCGAAUGACAAAACUGAGUACCUGUUCAAUUUUAACGAUAAGUUCGAAAUUCACGACGAUAUUGAGGUUCUAAAACAAAUGGGUUUAGCUUUCGGUCUAGAAAAAGGAGAAUGUACCGAAGAAAAUUUGCGUAAGGCUAAGCUGAUGGUUCCAAAAUCUUUGGAAAAAUACGUGGAACAACUGGCAAGUGGUGAUUUGGAGAAAUUCAUCCCAGUGACCAUUCCUGGACCAAGUACUUCGAUGGAAGACCUGGAUACAAAAUUGGAAGGUUCUCGGCCACCUUCAUCUUCUCAUACUUCGCUUUCGGAGGAUGUUCUAUCGCCGCCCUCGCAGUAUUAUUCCGAGGAAGAAGAUGAGGAGGAGGAGAGUGAUCAGGACGACCAAGCCGAUAGUGAUCUCGAAGUUAACUAGCACUCCGAACGAUCUUCUCGGGGCUGGACUCAGGGUUGGAUACUCGUCACUAUUAGCAGCGUAUUCGACAUGGUCGUCAUCGAUAUCGCUCUCAAGAACGUCAUUCUCGUACGCAGUCAAGAUGCGCACGAAUAACGGUAAUCGAGAUUUUCUUAAAAGGGGAACUUGGUUGCUACUGUUGAUAAAAGUCUGUUAAUGUGAGAUAAGGAUGGUCAAAAGGUGGAAUUCAUUGUCGAUUGGGGCCAAGGAGAAAAACAAAAAAAUGAAGGAACAAAUCGCGCAGAAAUAAAACUCAAACGGCUUCAGUUCGUUUCAUCUGAAAAAAGGAGACUUUCGAUGCAUACCGAUCUACAGGAUCUAUGAUUAUGCGGCGCGACUGAAAACCGGGGUGCUAUUUUAAUUGUGCAUCAUCUUAACAGGUUUAUAUGACUAGCAUCUAUGUAUUGUAAAUUAUAAUCUUUACAAUGAUAUCGAUAUUAAUGUGUACGAGACAUUAUGACCAGUACUCAUUUUCUUAUGGCACGUUUAUAAUUAAUAUCGCCCAAGCUAACGUACCAAGAUAAUGGUAUUUUGAACACGGGCACACGUCUGAUUCAAUUUCGAACUAAAAAUAAUAAAUUGUAAUAAUGUUAA